GCGCAUAUAGAUCUACGCAGGUUAUUUACAGUAAUGGCAGCCUCCAUGGAAGAGGACGUGACUUCCUUACGACCAGAAAGUUGGUUAAUUCAUCGUGCAAAAAGCUGCUUGAAAACAGAUGGGUGCGCUGCAAAAGCAUGGCUCAUCACAGCCCGUACUUUGUUCCCACAAAAUUUUGAUAUAAAGUUUGAAGCCUAUGAAGUAGAAAAGAAUGCCAGGAAUAUCAAACUUGCUGCAAAGGACUUACAGGAAAUGUUGAGUAGUUUCAAAGAAGAGCCUCGCCUGAACCAGGAACUCCAGGCUGUCUCUGAUGCUUUACAGGCAGAGGGCGCUGAUCCCAAGACAGCACUGUAUAAAGAUAUAUUCAGUGCGCUGCCUGCUGAGACCCAGCGCCAGAUGCUACUGUCUGUGAUCAGUCAGAAACAAGAUGUCCUCCACCAGUGUAAAGCCACAUUAUUGAUAUUGAGAAGAUUUCCAGAUCUUGUUCCGGACACAGGGGUUAACUUGGCUGAGAGUCUUCUGUCAGCAGAGAAACAUGCCCACUUCCACACUGCUCUCAACUGCUACAGGAAAUACUUGGUUCACGACCUGCUUCCCAUCAUGCUGAACUGCAAGGAGGCCAGCCUGGCACACAAACAGCUCUACAAGUGGCUGCAGAAAAGCAUCGAGUUUUACAUCUCCUAUAUAACGCAGCCCCCUCCUCUGGAUGCUGGGUUAUCUUCUCCAGAUAUGAUGUCUCCAACAAAAAAACUAACAAUGUCCUUCUCCGGCAAACGUCUCCAAGCCAUCCAAGGACUUGCUGAGAAGGACAGUCACAUUCCACGUCCUUGGCAGACUUUGUUUGACAUCGUCACGGCAACAGGGCAACAGCUGGGGUGGGAGAUUGGGGACUUCUUUGUGAAGACCAGUCGAGAAGCCCAGUGGCAAGAAAUUCUCCUCCUUCAUAACAAAUGUCAGCAGUCAGACCACAGUGGCCUACACAGACAGCUGUUAUACUGUACUCUCAUAUUACUACUGCAGUGCAUUCAUGACUACCAGACUAGGAUGGAUUCUGGGCUUUUUACAGGUAGCAGUAAUCACCAGGAGUCCAUUGCAUUAAUGGAAGGAUUUAAGGCUGAUGGAGAUGAAGGAAGGGUGCAUGGGCCCAAGCAUAAAAAGCUGAAAGUUGAAAGCACCAUACCCCAGAUCCACAGUAAUUCCAAUAUUCCUGACUCCAAUGUGUUGAUGCAGAAUAUGUUGACAGCAUUUAAGUGUUGGGAGAUGCUGCAUGUGGACAGCCUAGAGAAGG